AAAUCAUAUUAUUAUAUAUUUUUCACAUAGUAAUUGUUUUAUGGUUUUAGAGAAUACACCUGUUGUUUUUUUGUCUCCUGAACAAUCACAACAAAAUAUGGAGCAAAGUUUUGAGAAUAUAGUCAGAAAUGAAAAUGGUGACAUGAACAAUUUAUCAAAUCUUGUUACGGUUCAACAAAAAGAUUUAAAGGUUUUGGUGGAAAAUAGCUGCCACAUGAAAAGUGAUACAAAUAUUAAUAUUAGAUCAUACUUUCCGUUGAAAGAUGAAACACAACUCGAUUAUGUAGAUACAAUGAUACUAGAAAAUGCAGCAUUUAAAAACCAGUUGAUGAAUGAACUGUCUAUAAUUGGAGGUGACGAUAUUCGUUCAAAAACAUACAAUGCCAUGAAAUACAUAUUUUCUAACAAAUUGGCCACAGUAAUAACAUAUGCAGGAAUGAGCAAAGAGAAAAAGGCAUUAAAAAACUAUCAAAUGCAUGAUAUAAUUCUAGAUGCAGUAAGAAGCAGUUGUCCCCAAGGAACGACAAACAGAGACAUAAUCAGACAUAUAAUGUCGUGGUUUAAGCAUGCCAUUGACAGGUAUAGAAACGAGUAUAAACGCCAGGUCUGAAAAUGACCUUAUUAAUAAA